ACACGCUUGUGGUACAGUAGGGGAAAGGAAUAGAAAAAUAAGCAACGAAAACCAUAAUAACCACAACUCAAACAUAAAAUACAGUUAAAGAGCAAGCUGCCGCCUUCUACAUUUUCUUUUCGACCAGGCAAGAAAACCAUCGGAAAGACGUGGGAAAAUAUCCUAUCCGACGGAAGAGAAAAGUCGCUCUCUCCUGCUGGUCUACAGGUAGCGAUCUCCGUGAACAAUUACCAGAGAGAACAGGACAUGUGGUUAUAUCCGUCCGGUGGACAAACCGGAGUAUGUUAUUAGUUAUCCGCGGGUAGGUCGCUUUGCCUUCGCUGAAAACGGAACAAACAUGUCGAGAAGAAAGCAAACUAAACCGAGACAAAUCAAACGUUCCCUUGGAGACUUGGAGGAAGGGGAUGACCGCCCACCCAAUGAGCUCAGCCUAUCGGAGGAAGAGGGCGGAGCCUCAGACCAGGAAGACUCGGCGGAGGGCGAGUCCAGUCCGCUGCGCGGUGACGGGCCCGGCACGCCUGAUACAUCUGGCACUGCCGCCACAUCUGGGCGUGAGGAAGAGGAAGAGAGUCCGCCACACAGCAGUCAGGAAGAAGAGGAGGAGACGGAGCCUUACUGGGACGGCCCAGACGAACUCCGGCUGAGCAGCGUGGGAGGAGGCAGGAGGAUCCUCGCCCGAAAGGACCUGCCGACUGACACCACCUGGGGCCCUUACAGUGAGGGCCACAGCAGACCCCCGACAGGAGGGCGAGAGGAAGAGGUACCUGAUUUGACUCGAAUUGGCACAGACACAGAGCUCUGGUUGAAGAAACUUCCUGUUACCUCCAGCCACUCAGAGGCCAACUGUACCGUCUACAGCCAAGGUGAGGAGCUGUACUGUAAGCUAACUAAGGCUGUCCAGGCGGGUGAAAGCUUACUGGUCAGGCUUCCUGAACCCAGACCCACUGAGACCCACAAUGCACCAGUGAAGGAGGAGGAGCCUGAACACCCACACCCUGAGAUCCAUCUCCUCCCUCAGCAGGCUGGCAUGGCAGCCAUCUUGGCCACCGCUGUUAUCAACAAGGACAUCUUCCCAUGUAAGGCUUGUGGGAUCUGGUACCGGAGCGAGCGGAACCUGCAGGCCCACCUGCAGUACUACUGCGCCAGCCGAAAACAGGACCCCGCCUCACCGCCCCCGUCAGAGCCCCCCAGCGAGCUCGUCUGCCCCCUGGCCCACUGCAGCAAGAGCUGCCGCAGUCCCGGCACCCUGGAGACGCACGCCCGCACACACAGCGGUGAGCGGCCCUUCAUGUGUCUGGUCUGCCAGUCUGCAUUCACCACCAAAGCCACCUGCGAGCGGCACCUGAAGGUGCACACGGACACGCACAGCGGCGCGUGCAACGCCUGCGGCUUCGUCUCCGGCACACGGGACGGCCUCUCCAGCCACCUGGUCACCCGCCACAUGGCCUGCCAGGGCGAGGGCUCCUCCCCUGGCCCCGCCCUGCCCCCGCUGCUGCUGAAGACAGGGCUGGGUGAGGACUGUGGGGUGGUGCUGAAGUGCCAGGUGUGUGGGUUUCCCGCCGACACCAUCGCCCUUCUCCAGCAGCACGUUCAGACCCACCUGAAGGUACAGAGCCCCGCCCCUCCACAGAGCCCCUCCUCCUCCGCUAGCCCUGAACCAAUGAGCCUGGCCCUGCCGGACCCCGCCCCUCUUUCACGGCCCAAUGGGUUGCCUGCCACGGGCAGUGGGGUCAGCUCGCCCGCCCACCCGCCCGGCGUGCGUGUAAAGGAGGAGCCGCACUCUGACUUUGAGGCUUCGCCGUCUCAAAGCCCCUCUCCCAGGAGCCUGGCUUUGGGGCCGGUGAAAGUGGAGCCCUCUAGCGGUACGCCCUGCUCCAGCCCGGGGCCACAGGGCCCCUCGCCCCAGGCCUCUGAGAUUUUGGCCAAGAUGACGGAGAUGGUGCACACCCACCUGAGGCAGGGCCACGCCCCGACUGCGGCCGCUGGCCUCGUCCCCACCCCCGCCAGGCCUGUCCACAAGGGGGCGACGUGCUUCGAGUGCGACAUCACUUUCAACAACGUCAACAACUUCUACGUCCACAAGAGGCUCUACUGCUCCAGCCGGCACCAUCACGGGGACACGCCCGCUGCCCCGCCCGCUGCCCCGCCCGCAGCCCCGCCCACCGCCCCGCCCACCGCCCCGCACCCUGCCAUUCCUCAGGCGAAGGAGAGGACGGAGUCGUCUCCACCCGCCAUCAGGCUGAACUCACCCGGAGCCCCCGCCCCACGCGUCUCCUCGGAGUUGCAGACGAGGGCCGCUGUCGGGGACGGGAAGCCCCCCGAGGCGAAGGCGGAGGGGGCGGGGCCCCGGGAGGCCCCGUGCUCGGAGGGCGACAGCGGGGGGCGGGGGAGCGAGGCGAGCGAGGGCAGCCAGAGCCCCGGAGGCUCGGGCGAGGACGCGGGGGACGACCCCAACGGCACCUUCUGCCGCGCCUGCAACAUCCGCUUCAGCCGCCACGAGAACUACACGGUGCACAAGCGCUUCUACUGCGCCUGGCGCCACCACCCGGGCAGCCCGCGCCCCCCCGCCGCCAACGCCGGCUUCCCUCCGCAGCCCGUCCGCACACGCAAGCGCAAGAAGAUGUACGAGAUCCACGCGGCCCGCAGCCUCGCCCUGGCCUGCUCCGCCCCCGCCCCCGCCCUCGACCCCGCCCCGGCCUCCAGCCCCUCGCCCCGCUCCGAGGGGGACGGCCCCAUCGACCUCCGCAAGAGGCCCCGCCCGCAAGACCGCCCGCGACCGCCCACACCCCCCGCCCCCGCCAUUUUGAACGACUACCACAAGUGCACGGCUUGCAGCAUAAGCUUCAACAGCAUCGAGAACUACCUGGCGCACAAGGCCUACUACUGCCCCGUCCCGCUGCAGCGACGGCCCAUGCAGCCGCUGGGGAAGCUGUGCACCCUCACCUCCCCCAGAGCUGGCCCCGCGGAGCGGUUAGAGCCUCCCGCCCAAACGCGGUCGCCCAGUCACAGCCCGCCCACGCCAGGGUCCAAGGGGGUGUCUCCGAACUCCACGUCCCCCAGCCGCGCCCCGCUGGCCUGCCCCUACUGCCCUCUAGGGGGUGCCUUUGCUGGGGGGGACUUGAUGGAUCACUUCAGGACCGUGCACGGUCUGGUUCUGACUCGGCUGCCCCACGGCCCGUCUCCUGGCGACUUGUCGCCGAGCCGACGGAGCGAGGCCACGCCCCCCCAGGGCAGCCCUGGAACCAAGAUGGAGGCCGUGAACGGGAGCUCCUCCCCCUCGUCCCCCCCCCCCGCUGAACGGAAGCCCCCACCUAACCGAAACCACUCCCCCGUCGGCCACCGCCCCGCCGACCGCUUCGCCCCCCACGACCACAUCUCCCCCAAAGCGGCGCAGGUCUCCCCCCCGCAGAAUGGUACGCCCCGCUACUGCCGGCUCUGCAACAUCCGCUUCAGCAGCCUGUCCACCUUCAUCGCCCACAAGAAGUACUACUGCUCCUCCCACAGCGCAGAGCACGUCAAGUGAAGCCCCGCCCCUCCGCCCGAUGACAGACGGACCGUGUCAGCGGGCCUGUCCAAGGGCGGGACCUGCCGUGCCGCCUGUCACUCAUCGCAUUUCGUCGCCUCCAUUGCCUGGUGUUCCCACUACCGUUACAAAUUUGUAACAGGGGUCAAGUCUUUAAUGACACUAAACCUAAAUCUACCUGCACGCUUGUAAGCGUGCCCAGGGAGGCCCCGUCUCCCUGAGCUCCUGACGUGUUCCAUGUCAGAUAUUUUGUGUUUGGGUCCUCGUUGUUCUUUAUUCCACUAUUUUAUUUCUGAUUAAGUUGAGCAUUAUUUGCCAGCCAAAUGUUCCAAAACUUGUUAAGUCUACAUCAAUGUUGUGGUGUUGGGGGGGGGGGGAGAACUGCUCCCUCUAGUGGCAAAGUCCCUCCUACAGGGACUGCGUUGAUGAGGUAUAUACUGUAAAAGUUUGCUCAGACACUGGCUCUGUCUCUGAAUUGAGAAAUGAGUUUUAUUCCAUGACUGUAGAAGCGAUAAAGGGUACUUUUUAUUCUUUGAACCACGAUCGAGUGACUGGAUUUCCACACCAAGAUUCAGUCAUUAUGUCCUUAACUUUCGCUCAAAUUUUUCUUCACACAGUUUAUCACAAAAACGAACUCUCCAAACUGAGUUUGUGAAGAAUCGUGCAUUCACUCCUAAGUCAAGGACAAUUUUCGGCUGAACCUGUGUUUCUGCUGGAUGUAAAAUAUUUAUCUUGGUCCUCACUGAUUUCAUGUAGACUACCUUUUUAAAUGUUACUUUUUCUAUUUGUUUUAUUUUUAGCUUUGGAAAGAUUUUUUUGUUGUGUUUUAGAAGUCUUUUUAAGACCAGUGUCAGGCUUAAGCCACUCCCCACAUAGUGUCGUCCGUGUUGCUGAUGAUUGUCAGAUUUUUUUUCUCAUCAUGAAAUUUUAUGCAAAAGGAAAAUGAGAAGGGAAAAUAUCUGUUUUCAUUUCUAAUCCCCACUCGUGCACAUAAACCCACACUUGUGCACAUAAACCCACACAUGUGCACAUAAACCCACACGUGCACAUAAACCCACACGCGUGCACAUAAACCCACACACGUGCACACAAACCCACACACGUGCACAUAAACCCACACACGUGCACAUAAACCCACACACGUGCACACAAACCCACACACGUGCACACAAACCCACACGCGUGCACAUAAACCCACACACGUGCACAUAAACCCACACGCGUGCACAUAAACCCACACACGUGCACAUAAACCCACACGUGUGCACUCAAGCACGUGCACAUGCACCCGCACACGUAAUAAACCCUCACGUGCACUUCCCCUCACACAUGUAGACCCAAACAUGAAUUCAUACACCCACAGACAUGCGCAUAAGUCCUCACCCAGGCACAUGCAGAGACACACCGUUUGUUUACAGAUACAGUGAUUCAGUUCAGCCUUCACGUAAAGCAGUCACCUCAAACAAGCCUUAAAGUGGAUUCGCAUAGCCACGCCUCCACCCAACGUAGCCACGCCUCCAACCAGCCACUCAAGAUCCCCGCGGGAGACUCACAAAAUGACCGAAGUGCUCCCCUACCUUCACCGGGAGCAUAUGCAGAACUGGAGACAAAAGCACUGCUCAGAUGUUACUUCUGUUGACAGUGGAUGGGUCCUGUUUGUUGUCUUCAUUAUGUUUCCGAAAGGUGCUCAUUUCUACAUUUUACUGGAUUUACAUGAACCCGUGAUUAUUUCCAUCACACCAAAAAGCGUCAUUUCCAGCAAGCGUCACUGACAGGAACCAUGCACGCCUGCUGCAACAAUCUUUCUAACACCUUUUUUUGCACUGUGGUUAGGUCUAGAGGCUCUUUUCUAAUGUAUUUAUCUUUCAACAGCACUUUCCCUGUCCAAAACAACCCCUUCAAGGGCUGGCAGUACAUUGGGAUGUUUAAUAUGAUCUACUCGAUUAUAUUUCAUGACACAACGUGUUUUACAAAAGAUUUUAAUGAUUAUUUUGUUUCUACAGCAGCUCCACUACACUCCUGUUCAAACUAUGCAUGGAGAAAUAAAGCGUACUGAAGGACA